GAGUACAGGCAUGCGCCUCCACGCCCAGCUAAUUUUUGUAUUUUUAGUAGAGAUGGAGUUUCACCAUGUUGCCCAGGCUGGGCUCAAACUCCUGACCUCGUGAUCCAGCCGCCUCAGCCUCCUAAAAUGCUGGGAUUACAGAAGGAAGCAACAAAGACAACAACUGCACAACAAGAAAAUGAUAUUGGCAUUAUUGAACGAGCUCCACAAGAGCUAACAAAUAAGAUGCCCACAUCAGAGUCAGGACAAAAAGAAGAUACAAAAUCACCUUCAGUUUCUGAGGUCACAGCUGCGGAUGUGGAAGAGAUAGGAAAGGCCUCACCACUUAAGAUAGAAGCAGCAGCUGCAUAGUGGUAACAGCAAUGAGUGGAUGUCAAAAGGUAAGUCUGUAUU